ACGGAGUCUCCAUUAAUCACAUGACCCUCAAGUCUUCGCCGUGUUUGACCCCCGCACCUCCGUUCUCUCCAAUACAACGUCCCCUUUGUUCAGAUUCACAUCACGCCCCUCUCCGCAAUCGCCUCAUUCCCUCCAUAUUCUACAACUCCUACCACACAUACACUUCCCUUUAUUUCCCAUUUCUUUCUCCCACCAAAUACUGCUUCUCUGUUUCCUUGCUCUGCAAUCUACCUCUUGUUCGCUUAUCUUUUUCCUCAUCCUUUUCUGUUUGAAUUUGGUUUCUGCUGUUUUCCCGAUUUUCUUUCUCGGAUUUUGGAUCGCUCCCAGCAAACAUGAUACCGUCCGAGAUGAGACGCGUUAACGGGGAUUAUCGACCCGUUAACAAUACUUUAGAUACUGUAACCGCUGCUGCCACUGCGAUCGCCGCAGCCGGAAAUCACUUUCACCAACCAUCUGUUCAGAAGAAAAGAUGGGGAAGCUGCUUGAGCAUAUCUUUGUGUUUUGGAUUUUCUAAAACCCGAAAGCGAAUUGGGCAUGCUGUUCUUGUUCCUGAAACAACACCAGCUGCUGCUGGUAGUGGUGGUGGUAGUACUGCUACUACAGCUGCACAUUCAACCCAACCAAUCAGUGUAGCACUUCCCUUUGUUGCACCUCCUUCAUCUCCUGCAUCUUUCCUUCAAUCAGAACCUCCUUCGACAAUGCAGUCACCGGUUGGUACAGUAUCCUUCACUCCUGUAUCUGCUAGUAUGUACUCUCCAAGUGGCCCUGCCUCCAUAUUUGCAACUGGCCCUUAUGCCCAUGAAACCCAAUUAGUUUCACCGCCUGUUUUCUCCACCUUCACCACUGAACCAUCAACUGCUCCCUUCACUCCACCUCCUGAGUCUGUCCACUUGACUACACCUUCUUCGCCUGAGGUGCCAUUUGCUCAGCUGCUUGACCCUAACCUCAGGAAUGGUGAGACUUUUCAGAGAUUCCAAAUAUCUAACUAUGACUUCCACUCUUAUCAACUUCAUCCUGGAAGUCCAAUUGGUCAACUCAUAUCUCCACGAUCUGGCAUCUCAGCUUCUGGCACCUCAUCUCCUUUCCCUGAUUCUGAAUUAACUGCAGGUGGCUUGCAUAUCCUUGACUUCCAGACAGGAGACCCUUCCAAGCUUCUAAAUUUUGAUAAAUUUUCCCCUUCUGAAAACAAAAGGUCACAUCAGGGUUCUGGAUCUCUAACCCCAGAUGCCACGAGGUCCACAACUCAAGACUGUUUCCUUGCACAACAUCGGGUUUCUGAGAGGAAAAUGUCCCCGGGCCUCCCAAGUCGAGGCAGUAAUCGUCAGAAUGUAAACCAAAGAGUCUCAUUUGAAUUAGCUGCCCAAGAACUGUGGAGAUGUUUGGAGAACAAACCCGUGGUAUUAACUAGAGCAGUAUCAAAAUCCAAAAAUGAUGCAGAAAGAGAAGAGAAAAAUGAGAAUUCAAGGGAAACUGGGAGUGGUGGCAAAGUCCUUGUUGCUGAAACUGCUAAUGAUGCACAGGAGAAAGUCACCGGGAAUGGAGAUGGGGACAUGGUUAAUCAGAUUCCUCCAUCGUUAACUCUUUCUUCUGCUAAGGAAUUCAAUUUUGACAAUGCAGAUGGAGGGGAUUCUCAUGCACCAAAUAUAGUGGCGGAUUGGUGGGCUAAUGAGAAAGUCAUGGCAAAGGAAGGAGAACCCUCCAAGAAUUGGUCUUUCUUCCCAAUGAUUCAACCUGGUGUGAGCUAACCAAUAACAGUACUUACUAAAGCUGGCGUAGUGUUUUAGUUCCGGUGCCUUGCUGCUUGGCCACAGUCAACACCUGCUAAGAUGAGUCGUAGGCGACUAAUUGCUUUUAGCUGGGAGGUCUGACACAUAAGUGAGGGGGCUCUUUUUUCGAACUUGGAGGCCCCUGAAAAAGGUAAGAUAGUUUCAGAUAUAUGUUGCUAGUUCAGAGUUCUUUCCUGAUUCGGGCUAGAAAUGCUUAUCCUUUCCACUUUGUAUUAUAAUUUGACAGUGUGACAGUGAUUAUAAAUAAUGAUAAUCAACGAUCAUCAUGAUUUUGACUA